AUGUCUCUCCAGAGCUUCUUAGAGGAGAUCCACAAUUCAUUGCACGAUAAGAACGGUCAGCGUAUAGCAGACUUGAUCCACCUGGAUGUUGAAUCACUACCGCCUCAACGCCAACAACCCUAUGUGCAACUCAAUGCGGAGCUCAACAGUCAAUGGCCUGCUAGCAGCGACGCUCAGUUACUACAGCGAUGCAAGCAAGAGUUCUCGCAAGAGGAAUUCGGCACGUUUUCGUCCUCAUUCAGUGAUAGCAUUGCGCGUUACUUUCGAUACCUACGAGACAUUCUCACAGCCGACAACCUCACUAAAGCCCUAGAGAUCCGACAACUCACCAGUCAAUGUGUCACUGCCCUCGGAGAUGCAAGAUGGGGGGUGGUCAUGAUUCCGAUUGUUCUCAGCUUUAGUCGCACACUGGCAUUUAUCGCCACCAAACUCGACCGCAACCCGCAACUCAUCAAGCAGAGCGCACGGAGCGACUCUUCUGCCCCCCGUGGCGGCUUUGUCGAAGAUGCUGCCAACGUGCUACGGGAUGCCUUCAUCAAGUGUCUCGCUGGAAGCCCAGGCACGCCGCGCACCUCACGCCCUCAGUCCGACGACAAACGUGUCGGAAUCUAUCUCACCGCCAAUUCCACCCUCAAACUCCUCUUCCAAUGCCUCAAACACCGCAAUGCUCAACAGCUCUUCUCAUCCAUCGAUGCGCAAUCCCCGCCCUUGGCCUUCUAUCCGGCCGCCCAACGCGUCAGCUACCUCUACUACCUGGGGCGAUAUCACUUCGCCAACAACCACUUCUUACGCGCUUCCGCUGCCCUCAGUGCCGCCUACACCUCCUGCCAUCGCGAGGCUACAGCCCACCUCCGGCAGAUCCUGACCUACCUCCUGGCAUCCAAUCUCAUACUCGGCCUUGUUCCCAACGUCUCCCUUUUCAGCCGCGCACAUGCCCAAGCCCUACACCCGAUAUUCGGUCCCAUCAUUUCCACAAUCAAAUCCGGCGACCUGGGCACCUUCCACGCCCUUCUCUCCCUCCCCAUCCCCACCAGCCCCACCACAGCCAUGACGCCCAACCCCAUCGCCGCCUUCCUCCUCCGCCGGCGCAUCCACCUGCAACUCCUCAACCGACUCACCCCCCUCCUCUGGCGAACCCUCAUCUACCGCACCUUCCUCAUAUCCGGCUACCACGCCACCGAGACCACCGAAACGCGCAAGAUCCCCUUCCUGCGCCUCCCCCUCGCCCGCGCCGCCGCCCGCUUCAGCUUCACACGCGCCCCCAUCGCUCCCGGAACCCUCCCCUCCACCGCCCCUCUGGACGCCGAAUUCGCCGACCUCGACGCCGCCCUGGCAGAAACGGGCUUCGACCUCGACACCGGCGCCUACAGCGACGCGCUGAUCGACAGCCAACCCAAACCCCACCCCUUUGCGCCCAGCGCCGCCGACGACGAGCAGAGCCCCACCCUCGCCGAGGUCGAGAGCGUCUUCCUCAGCCUGAUCCAGCAAGGCCUGCUGCGCGGCUUCGUGCUGCGAAACAGCCCGCGCUUCGCGGUGCCGGGGUCCGUGCAGCGCGGGGGCUGGCGCAGUGGGUUCCCGCCCGUGCACCGCGCGCUUCUGACUGCGCAGGGCGCGCAGGAGGGGCGUGGGCUGGAGGGGGUGGAGGUGCCAGGAUGGGUUAAGGAGGGUGUCGCUGCGGGAGGGGGCCGGGUCAUCAAUCUGAGUGGCGCACGGCCCGUGGGAGCGACGUCUUGA